GGCUUUUAAAGGCCUCCAUUCCUAUGUCCUAAGUCUCUGAGUUAUUUCAUUGAAGCGUACUCAACGUUCUCCAUCGAAGCGCACUCAACGUUCUCCGUUGAAUCUAAUUCUUGUAUCCCCCAUUGGAAUCUAAUUCUUGUAUUCCCCAUUGAAGCAGCUUCUAAGGUCUGAUAACAUAGAAGCCUCAGUGGGGAUCAAAGAUAAGAGUCCUGUAAGGGAAACUCUGUCUUCCACUUGUACUGUAAAAGUAUCAGCCAAAACAGUGAAUACACCGAGAUUUUGAAGCGCCGGAAUGGAGAGAGAAGUGGUGGAGGCAGAGUUAGUGCUGCCAACCCACUUGAAGUUCAAGAAGAUUCAGAUGUAUGAAAAGUACCCCAAGGGUCAAUCUAGAGGCAGGCAUUGGAAGCAUCUCAAGCAGAUUCUCCAGGCUGAAAAUUACAGCAACUACCCUCCUGAUGAACCCAAUUAUGUCAAUAUCGAGUCACCACCUUCAAUGCAUCCACCAAAGAGAAUUUGUGAUUUUACAGGAUAUGAGGCACCUUAUUCUGAUCCAAGGACCAAUAUGCGGUAUGCCAAUGCUGAAGUUUUUAAGCAAAUCAGGUCACUUCCCAAUGAUUACGUGCAGCGGUAUCUGGCUCUUAGAAAUGCUGCCGUUGUCCUCAAGUAGUCUUUUGCUGCUUCCCUUCAACAACCUGCUGUUUAGAUACUUGCCAUGUCCAUAGUCCCAUCGUUCGGAUAUGAUGAAGCCACUUUUGUCAGCAAAACUCUGUGCAUUACUUAUCCACUGUUGCCUGCAGAACUAUGUCCAUCACAAAGUAAUGCAAUCUGUAAUCUGUAAGGCAGCUGAGAUUGUGCAUCUAUCUCUCAAAUACAUGUUACUGCAUUACUAGUAGUCAGUUGGAUAAUUGGUCUAUACAUGUAUAUGUUUGCUGAAUUGCUAUAAUGUUGUAGUUUUAGAGGUUCGUAUUAUAACAGGCUGCAUCCCCAGAUAGUCCAGGAACCAUUCAGCUGAUGUGAAUAUAUUAGCUUUUUAUGCAUUUGGUUCA